CUAUAAUAACGCCGUGCCCCGGCUCGGGCUCUCCCUCUCCCCAUCAGCCUCAGAGAUGAGUCUCCCCGUCCCCGCCGAGGGGCUCGGGGGGGUAAAACCGGAGCCGGGGCACGUCCUGGCGCUGGGGCUCUGACCUCCGGUGGGAAGCGUGGACUUGAGCCAGCUCUGGUGCUGCUGGCCGGUGGGACGCGGGGAGCAUCGGCUCCGUGAUAAGUGCUUGCCGGUCCCGUUCCCGGCUGCCCCAGUGCGAUAUUCGCCCUACGGAGAGCUGUCUUUCUGCUUUCAGGAAUAAGUACUCGGCUCCCGGCAGCGUCGCCGUCAUGGGGAAGGACUAUUAUAAGAUUUUGGGCAUCCAGUCCGGCGCCAACGAGGAUGAAAUCAAGAAAGCCUAUCGAAAAAUGGCCCUGAAGUAUCACCCCGAUAAGAAUAAAGACCCCAGUGCCGAGGAGAAGUUCAAGGAGAUCGCGGAGGCUUACGAUGUCCUGAGCGACCCCAAGAAACGAGCCGUUUACGACCAGUACGGGGAGGAAGGUCUCAAAACUGGAGGUGGCUCUUCAGGUGGCUCAGGGAACACUUUCCACUACACCUUCCACGGAGACCCCCAUGCCACCUUCGCGUCCUUCUUCGGAGGCUCCAACCCUUUCGACAUCUUCUUCGCUAGCAGCCGCUCCCGGGUGUUCAAUGGCUUUGACCAGGAAGACAUGGAUAUCGAUGACGAUGAUGACCCUUUCAGUGCCUUUGGCCGGUUUGGCUUCAACGGCAUUAACGGGGUUCACCGGCGGCACCAAGAGUCCCUGCACACGCGGAGGAAGGUCCAAGACCCACCCGUCAUCCAUGAGCUCAAGGUGUCCCUGGAAGAGAUCUACCACGGCUCCACCAAGAGGAUGAAGAUCACCCGCAGAAGGCUCAACGCUGAUGGCCGGACCAUGCGGACUGAGGACAAGAUCCUAAACAUCGUCAUCAAACGGGGUUGGAAGGAGGGAACCAAAAUCACAUUCCCCAAAGAAGGGGAUGCCACCCCGGACAACAUCCCUGCUGACAUCGUCUUCAUCCUCAAGGACAAGCCUCACUCGCACUUCAAGAGGGACGGGACGAACGUGGUCUACACGGCAAACAUCAGUCUUAAAGAGGUCUUGUCCUUCUGUUUUAGCGCAGGGUAUUCACACAUGGAAGAGAGCCCAGGUCCUCCAUAGGAACAAGGGAAAACCCCAGUUUGCUGGCAUAAAGAACCAAGCAGAGGAAAUUCUCGGGCAGUGAGCAAAACCCAGCGCAUCCAGGCUGCCAGUCCUGGAGGUCACGGCGGGGCUGGAAGCAUCAGAGCCAGCAAGCUGCGCGAAGGUGGGAGAGGAAAGGGAGAUUACCCCAGUACAAGAUGUGCCGUUCGCCGCCGCUGCUGUAUAACUACCUUUUAAUAAAUCCCAGCUGGCAGCUGCAUUUAACAUUGACGUUUUUGGCAGCUGCCAUUUGAUGUUCCUUUCAGACUGUA